UUCUCUUCCGCCUCCAUCGCCAUGCAAUGGGACAAGCUGGGUGCGAUGCUCGGCGUAUUCGCCCUCUCGCUCUUCGCUUCGACGUUUCCGACGCUGUCGAAACGACUCUCCUUCAUCAAGGUGCCGCAUGUCUUAUUUUUCAUUCUUAAGCAUUUUGGUACAGGCGUCAUUCUUUCGACUGCCUUCGUACAUCUGUUACAAGAUGCGUUCAGCGUUCUCCUUGGCCUACCUGACACCGCCCCUAUCAAACAUUGGGUCGGGUUAAUCGUUCUUUCUGCGUUGCUUGCCAUCUUCCUCGUAGAAUACGUAUCUAUGGCUUAUGUCGAAAGACUUGAAGAGAAAUCUCACGAUGCCCAUGAAGAGCAUCGUGAUCGUCACGUUCACCACCAUCACGAUCAUUACACUUCAGACUCUGAGGAAAGCGAUGUAACACCAAAGCCUAACGGUGUCGCAGUCCUACUACCAUUACCUGAAACACCUGUCAAUAAUAAAGAUACGAGUCCUCGCAAAACUCAAAUAGAGCCAGUUACGGAACGAUCGAGCCUUCUGCGCUCUACUUCCACACCAGCCACGAGACCUAAUCGAACACAAAGGGUGAUGAAUCAAUUCGAGUUCUUGAGACGGAAGUUGCACCAUCAUGAAGAGGAGCCGUUCACGAGUAAUAGAAGAUGCGAAUCGAGUACUGCUUCUGGAUUGUGGGAGGAAGUUGAGAACGGGCAUGCGCACCAUAACGAACAUGUGCACCAUUAUGAACAUGACGACUCAAGUGUCAACCGAAAGCAUGCGAUUGUAAACACAUUGGUACUCCAAGCAGGUAUCAUGAUACAUUCGCUCGUCAUUGGACUCACUCUAUCCAUCAAGUCAGGGCCUGAGUUCACUUCUCUCGUCAUCGCAAUCCUCUUUCACCAACUCUUCGAAGGCCUUUCACUCGGCGUUCGACUCGCGACCCUUGGCUCAACUCCUGCCAGAACCAAUGGAACCAACUCACUCUCCAUUCCCAUUACGCUCGCAACCAUUUUCGCUCUAUCCGUUCCCAUGGGAUGUCUUAUAGGCCGUCUCGCACUUGGCCCUAGCACAGGUCCUCAUUCUCCGCAUUCUAGUCUACCGCUAGCACAGGGAAUCACGUCAGCGCUAUCGGCAGGGACGUUGAUUUAUGCAAGUGGCGUGGAGUUGCUUGCUGGUGAUUUCCUUCAUUCGUCCUUGAGGGAAUCGAGCGUUUGGAAGCAAGCGCUUGCGUUAGUAAGUUUGGCGUUUGGCGUUGCUGGGAUGGCUGCCCUUGCUGCGUUCGAUUAACCAUCCUUGACAUGGUCAAAGAAAAUACUUAGUCCACCCG